GCAUACUUCAGAUUUAACUUGUAACGAAUGUGUAGUGGAGGAACAAAAUGCAGAGUCAGUGGUUCCUGUCCAGAAGUAUCAUCGGCUUUUUGUUGAUGAUAAGUUCACGGGUCAACGCCUCCGGUAAUAAUGUAGUCUGCUAUUUCAUUAAUUCCAAUGGAUAUAGUUUAGCACCACCGGAAACUUUGGAUGCUAACCUCUGCACGCAUAUAAAUUACGCCUUUGCAGAAAUCGAUGAAGAAGGAUUUUUGACAUAUCAAAAUGAAAAGCUGGAUAUUGAUGCAGGAAUGUACUACCGAGUCACAAAUCUAACUGCAAAGAACCCAUCUCUUAAAGUGCUUCUAAGUAUUGAAAGCUUCAGUGCAAAUCUGUUCCCUUCUGUGGCUGCAGAUGCAAACAAGAGGAAAAAUUUUGUCACAUCAUCAAAAGAGUUCAUCGAAACAUAUAAUUUUCACGGUUUGGACAUCGAUUGGGAAAAGCCAACUGCUAAUGAUUCAGACAAUUUUGUGGCGUUACUUAGGGAAUUACGGACAGAAUUUGAUCAAGCCAGUCCCAAAUGGCUACUAUCAGCAGCUGUAUACCCCAAUCCUGACGCAGGAUACAACGUACCUGAAAUAACCAAAUAUUUAGAUAUGUUCAACAUCAUGACUUACAACUACUUUGGUCCCUGGAGCCCUUACACAGGUCAGAAUGCGCCACUGUUUGAGUCCUCGAUAGAUAGCAACUUUGAAAGGACCAAUCUUAAUGUUGCGGCAUCUAUUAAAAACUGGAUUAAUGCUGGCGCAACCCAACAUAAAAUGAAUGCAGGGUUGGCCUUUUACGGUCGAGCUUUUACUUUAGCAAAUGCAGAAAUCCACGGUCUUCACGCUAAUAUAACUGGACCUGGAACGACAGCUACUCCUACAUAUCGGCAGAUAUGUUCGAGCUACAAUGAGUGGACCAGGGUUUGGGACCAGGAACAAAAGAACCCUUACAAAUAUUUAGGGGACCAAUGGGUAGGAUAUGAUGAUGAAAUGUCCAUAACGGAAAAGGUAAAAUAUGCUAUGUCUCAAGAUUUAGCUGGUGUCAUGGUUUGGCAUAUUGGUGGUGACGACUUAAAUGGAGAAUGUGGAGAAAAACAGGGCCUUUUGAAACUAGUCAAUGAUGUAAUCGACAACUAUUAAGAACUUAUCCACACUUAGGCGAAAUAACAUUACAUUGGCAUCAAUAGAGGAGCAUUCAUCUGAACUCUACUGAUUAAUCGACUGUAUAUUUUGUAAAUAUAAAACGUAGUAUAACUUAAAUAAAUUAUAAUAUAUAUAUAAUAAAUAAAUCGUAACAAUGUAUAAGGUGUUUAAGGAAUACCUUAGUAAUAAACUUA